UGUUUGGCCAUUUGGUAGAGUGCGCGCGCAAUUCACGACGCGUUUAAAAAAAUAGCGCGAAAAUAAUUAAUUCGUUAAAGUUUCAUGAAUUUAAACAUAAUUAAAAUUGUAUUUAUUGAACAGAAGUAAAAAAAAAAUAUUUAAUUUUGUAAUUCUAUAUAGGACCGCUUUCGAGUGCAUUUUUAAACUGUCAAUAAAAAAAAGAUUUUGGCGGGAAUCGUGUUCUAAUUUUUUUCUUUCUUGUGGAAGUGUUGUGUUGUGAGUUUUAAAAUGGAACGAAGAUAAAACGAAGGAAUUGCAGUGUAAAUAAAAAUGAUGCGUUUUAAGAAAUUAGUUUGGCUGUUUAUUUUAUUUUGGGUUAUUCAAGACUACGCUUUAAAGAGUGAUAUACUUUGGUAUACAUUGAGUUGUGUAGUGUUGUUAAGUAUAAUAUGGAAUAUAAUCACAUAUGAUUAUGACUAUUGGGAGAACAAAGGUAUAUUUUCGCCCCCGGCGUUACCUGUGGUUGGUCAUAUAGCCACAGUUGCAGCUUUGAAGGAGCAAGGUGGAGUUUGUUUUAAGAGGAUUUACGAUGAACAUAAGGAAAAACGAUAUUUAGGAACACACCAAUUCUACCAACGCACUCUCGUGGUCUGCGAUCCAGAAAUUAUUAAACGCAUGUGUGUGAACGACUUCCAUCACUUUACGGAUCGAGGGUUUAACUUCAAUAAGGAUACCGACCCUUUGGCUGAGUCUGUGCUCUUUUUGAAGGGAAACGAAUGGAGGAGGCUGCGAGCGAAGAUAUCUCCUAUUUUCUCGCCAAACAAACUGAGAGGAAUGUUUCCUCUCCUAGAGAACACAGCUAACGAAUUUUUGAUUCGCGUGAAAAAACUCGCAAAAUCGGGCACUGAAGAUAAUAACAAUAAUAUAGUAGCUACAGGAAAAACUGAUAAUAAUAAAGAUAUUAAAAUAGAUACAGGAAAAACUGAUGAAGUUAAAGAUUUAAUAAAACAUUUUAAAGCCAAAGAUGGUAUAAUAGUUGAUUCAGAGAAACUGGUAGGAGGUUAUACAGCCGAUGCAAUAGUGCCUUGUGCUUUUGGACUUAAGAGUAAUGUGAUGGAUAAUGCUAAAGAUCCCUUCGCUGUGGCGUUACAUGCAUUCUAUGAAAUGAGCUGGUUUAAUAUAUUUGAGAAGACAAUGCGUCAAUUCUGGCCGGCUUUUGUGUUAUUUUUCAAAAUCCGUAUCAUUCCGAAGAAAACGCAUGAUUUUUUCUACAAUAUAGUUACUAAGGUUUUGAAAGAGAGAUCAAAAGGAGUUCAAGAGAAGAGAGGAGAUUUUAUAGAUAUGAUGAUGGCCUUACAGAAUGAAGAUUGUAAAACUGACCUGGAGAAUGAUUAUAAAAUCACGGACAUGAUAAUAUCAGCGAACGCGUUCAUAAUAUUCCUAGGCGGGUUUGAGACGACAUCCUCAACUCUAGCGUUCCUCUUCCUGGAACUGAGCGCACAUCCCUCUGUACAGAGGAAGUUACGAGAUGAGAUCCAACAAGUGAUGCUGGGCGGUUUCUCGUAUGAGAGCCUGCAAGAGCUCACGUAUAUGGAGAUGGUGAUACAGGAAACCCUACGUCUGUACCCCCCAUUUCCAACAAUACAACGCAUGUGCACACGUGACUACACCAUCCCGGGCACAAACAGCGUGGUGGAAAAGGGGACUAUAGUGUUGUUCCCCACUUUAGGGGUGCAGAGGGAUGAACAGUAUUUCGAGAACGCAUCGGAGUUCGUCCCGGAGCGCUGGGCGGAGGGCCGGUCCCCGCCCCCGCCCGGCGUCUACAUGCCGUUCGGGGACGGACCCAGAUAUUGUAUAGGAAAACGUUUUGCAAUCAUCCAAAUGAAGUGUUGUUUAGCAAGACUUCUUCCGCAUGUAGUCAUAAAACCGUUAAAGGACGCAGGGCCCCGCUUAGGGCCUUUCGAAGCUGACCCUUUAUGUCCCAUGACCCUACACCCUGCUGACUCUAGGGUCAUAAUCAGUUUAUUGUAAAAAAAAAAUGUGAUUUUUUGUCGAAGAAUAUUUUUUUUUAAAUAAUGUAAGAACGCAUUUUACGAAAAUAUACAAUCAAUUUGUGUUACAAAUGUUGUUAUUUUUAAUAAUCUAGUUACCAAAUAAAUAAAAUUACGUCGAA